AUGAAAUGUAUUGGCAACUAUAAAUUUGGUAAAACUAUAGGUUCUGGAACUUUUGGAAAAGUGAAAUUAGCAGUUCAUAUCCCUACUUAGCAAACUGUGGCCAUUAAGAUUAUCAAUAAAUCACGAUUAGUUGAUAUUAUUGAUAUAGAAAGAGUAUAACGCGAAUUACAUAUAUUGAAAAUUGUUAGACAUCCAAAUAUUAUUAUGUUAUAUGAGGUUUUUGAGACAACUAAAUAUAUUUUAUUGUGA